AUGGGAGAGAAUCCUCCUCAACCAUUGUUAAGAGACUAUGACCACCCCAACGCAUUCCAACUUCGGAGUGGCAUACGUCUUCCCACCACAAAUGCAAACAACUUUGAACUUUCACCUCAACUCAUCCGUAUGAUUCAAAGCGAUCAAUUCAGAGGUAGUCCUCAUAAGUGUCCUUUUGCUCAUUUGGACAACUUUCUUGAGUUGUGUACAACCAUCAAGCAAAACAACAUUUCGGAAGAGUUCAUCCAUAUGCACAUGUUUCAAUUCUCCCUCCGUGAUAAAGCAAAACAUUGGUUGAGAAUGGUUGAAGAGGGAUCAUUGAGUACAUGGGACGAAGUCACUAGAGCCUUUCUUGGAAAGUAUUGUCCUCCGGAAAAGACCGCCGAAUUAAGAAGAAAGAUCACCAAUUUCAAUCAAGACAUUGAUGAAACAUUGAGUGAAGCUUGGGAGCGUUUCAAAGAUUACACAAGGAAAUGCCCCCACCAUGGUUUUACAUCAUGGAUCAUUGUACAAAGCUUCUAUGACGGUCUUACUCCUAUUUCAAGGGCCAACCUUGAUUCCGGGGCCGGUGGUAGCCUCAAAAAGCUAUCGGUGGACGAUGCAUACAAGAUGAUUGAAGAAGUGGCCAAGCAUUAUGCAUAUGGAGGUGAUAGAAGGCAACCUCAAACAAAGAAGGGCGGAAUUCAUGAUCUUAGUGCAAUAGAUCUUAUUGCAUCAAAGUUUGAUAUGCUAGCUCACAAGCUAGAUCAAGCCACCCUCACACCCUCAAGCUCUUCCUCGCAAGUCAUGUCUUGUGAGACUUGUGGAGGAAAUGAUCACUUGUCCUCUUAUUGCAACUCAACGAAUCAAGAGCAAGCGACGACAAUUGGGCAAAGGAAUGAACAAUACUCCCAAUCCCACAAUCAAAGUUGGAAGCCCCAACAAAACACGGGAUGGAAGCAAUACAACCAAGGCCCCCCACAAAAUAACUACAACCAAAAUCAAACCCAACCUCAAAACCACUACAACCAACCUCAUUCUCAAAACCAACAAGCUUCAUACCGCCAUCCCAACCAAAGGGAUCAAAACCACCAAAGAUCACAAUAUAACCAACCCGCUCCUCCUCCACCUCCUCAAAAGACUAGCCUUGAGUCCGUUCUUGAAACUUUCAUGACUCAACAAAUAAGGAACAAUGCGGAGAUGAAUGCAAACAUCCAACAACUCCAAGCACAUAAUAAGAUAAUGGAGAGCCAAUUGGCUCAAAUUGCACAACAAGUUGGAAGUUCAUCCUCCAAUCCUAGUGGUCACUUUCCAAGCUCAACGGUAGUGAACCCAAAGGAGCAAGCUAAGGCUAUCACUUUGAGAUCGGGAAGGGGUUAUGAGGGCCCGGUUAUGAGUGAAGAGGAGCCACAAAAGAGAGAUGAGGGAGUUGUGGUGAGAAGUGAGGAUGAUUUUGAAAAUGAAGUAGUUGAAGUUGAGAGAAAAGAGCAAAAGAGUGAUGAGGGAUCCACAAAGAAAGACGAGGGAGAUGAAGAAAGAAUAGAAAAGCCCCCUAUGAGAUUAUAUAAGCCCCCUAUUCCGUUUCCUCAUAGAAUUGUAGAGAAGAAGUUGAAUGAGAAGUUUUCAAAAUUUCUUGAAGUCAUGAGAGGACUUCAAGUGAACAUCCCCUUUCUUCAUGCUAUGUCAAAAAUGCCUACCUAUGCAAAAUUUUUGAAGGAUCUUCUAUCCAACAAGAGUAGGCUUGAAGAGAGUGCAACCAUCUCCCUUCCUAAGGAGGUGAGUGCAAUCAUUCAAAACAAGCUUCCCCAAAAGCUUGGUGACCCCGGUAGCUAUGCAAUACCGGUGAAGAUUGGAGAUUUGGAAGCUAUGGACGCUUUAUGUGAUCUUGGGGCAAGUGUGAGCUUGAUGCCCUAUUCUAUUGCAAAGACCUUGAAAGUUGGAGACUUGAAACCAACAAGAAUGUCCUUACAACUAGCCGACCGCACAAUUAGGCUACCUUUGGGGAUUCUUGAAGAUGUGCCGGUUCAAGUUGGAAGAGUAUUUGUGCCAUGUGAUUUUGUAGUAAUGGAGAUGAAAGAAGAUUCAAGAGUACCCCUCAUUUUGGGGAGACCAUUUUUGAACACCGCGGGAGUGGUGAUUGAUAUGAAGGAAGGAAGAUUGACUUUGAAUGUGGGAGAUGAGAAAAUUUCAUUUUCAUUCUCACAAACUUUGAAAAAGCCAUUGAUUGAUGAAGUUCAUAGAAUUGACACAUUGGAGAGGGACUUAGAAGAGUUCCGAGAAAGAUUGUAUGAAAGAGAUCCUUUACAAGCUACCUUAACGGGAAGCUUAAUUGAGGAGGGUGAAGAAGCAAAGGGGUAUGAUCUCUUGCUCAACCAACCUUUGGCCCACGAGGUGAUAAAAUUUGAAGUGCUUAACGUGGAGGCAAAAGAGGAGAGGACUACUCCUCCUCCUAAGCUCGAUGACACCUCUCUUGAGAAACUCCUAGUUGUUUUAAGGAAGUAUAGAGAUGUCAUUGGGUACAAAAUUGAUGACAUUAAGGGGAUAAGUCCCACCAUAUGCAUGCAUAAAAUUCUACUUGAUGAUGAUCAUGCUUCCUCGAUUGAGCACCAAAGAAGGCUCAAUCCCAAUAUGAAGGAAGUGGUAAAAAAAGAAGUUUAA